AUGGGGGCGUAUCGUUCCAAGCCAGAGACCAAGAAAGAACUCGAAGACGGCUUUGAUCUACGGAUUGCUUAUGGCAGUGCUGCUAUGCAAGGUUGGCGCUCAACGAUGGAAGAUGCGCAUGUACAACAGCUAGGGUUCAACGGGAAAGAUGAUGAAGGGCUCUUUGCUAUCUUCGACGGGCAUGGUGGCAAAGAAGUUGCUUUAUUUUGCGCUCGGCAUUUUCCGAAAUGCUUGUCAUCUCUGAAGGAGUAUAAGGAAGGGGAUGUGAAGGAAUCGAUGAGGAAGGCCUAUUUGAAAAUCGAUGAGAUGAUGGAAUCACCGCAGUACAGAGAAGAGCUUCUUGAACUAAUGCGGUUUGGAGACGGCCCAUCGAGUAACGAUUCUUCUGAUGAGGAGACUGAGAUGAGGAAGAGGACCGAACGGUUGCCGAUGCACGAAUUGACUCAAGCAGGCUGUACGGCGACUGCAUGUCAUAUUGUGUAUAACAAAGCAAUCACGAUAGCGAACGCUGGUGAUUCUAGAGUGGUUCUUUGCCGAGGUGGUAAGGAUGGUACUAGAGUAGUGCCCUUGACAGAAGAUCACAAGCCUGAUCUUGAGGAAGAGGCUGAACGAAUACGUAACGCGGGAGGCAUCGUAAUGCAAGGCCGAGUGAAUGGCAAUCUGAACCUCACUCGAGCCAUUGGAGAUCUCAGUUAUAAGCAAGACCACAACUUGAAACCAGAAGAGCAGAUGAUUACUGCCAAUCCAGAUGUGUCUACGAUCCCCAUCACGGAAGAGGAUCAGUUUCUUGUACUGGGCUGUGAUGGUAUAUGGGAGAUCCUUGAUACAGAGGGUGUUGUGAAUUAUGUCCGACCGUUGGUCCGAAGAGCUAGGCUUCUUCGAAAGGAAGGCCAUGUUGAUGAUGAGGAUGCUAAAUUGAGCAUAGUUACCUCCCAGCUGUUGGAUGCAGUAUUAAGCCCGAAUGUAUCAAACAGUUACGGUCUGGGUUGUGAUAACAUGAGCUGUAUUAUCGUCGAUCUACGCCCUACUGAUCCGGAUUCCCUUCCUGAUACUCCGUUGCCCGAACCUGGCCCCGCGAUGGAAACAGUUUAUGAGGAGCCGGGAAGUAGCCUUGACGAUCUCCCAGAUGAGGAGACUCGCGAGAGCUAUCAUCCAAGUGAUUGCAUGAGUAAAGAAGAGUUAAGCGAAGCGAAGGCGGUUGCUGAUGUUAUCUCGAAGACUUCAUCAUAGUCGUGUUCGAGGAACUCGACUGCGAUCGAAUAUCUAUUAGCAACAUAUUGACUGGAUCGUUUGUAACGUUGCCUAUACUCUUCCUUGUUAUUGACACCAAUUCUCAAGUGACUGAUAUCAGUAUCAUAGUUGAUACCAAACUGGUAUCACCAUCAUCAUCAUUGAGAUUGAUCCGUAAUUCCUGAUAGUGGCUCAGCUUCCCGUUGUUCAUUGCCAUUAUAUCAACACCAGGCUGAGUGGACUUAUGAUAUCGAGUGAUGACCUCAGUUUUCCCACUUCUUUCACGCAUACUUCCACUGUCUAUGCAUUGAUUUAGAAGGCUGUGGCUGACGAGUGCUAUGCCAACAGCAUGUCUCUCAUCGGUCACGUAGUUGACGUACUUCUGCGAUUACUAUGGGUAUCACUUUUGUAUGAUAGUCUUACACCCACGCUCCGAUCAUAGGAGGAAAUUAACUCUUUGUCUUACUGAGCUCAGUAUUAAGGUUGAUGGUAUGAUUGAUGAGUUGUGGAUCACGCAAGGAGGAAGUGAAGUGAAAGCUGAUAUACUCAUUGUCUGUGUGAACAAUAGAAACAUUUCAAUCUCCAGUGCAGCUUCUGUA